AUGGCGCUGGCCGAUCCCUAUGCGGUCAACUUUAUCGCCACGCAAAUUAUUCGCAUUCUCUACCACCAAAUCAACAAUGAAGCGCUGCCUCGAGAGCACAAUGUGUUGCACUUUCUUCUGCGACUCCUCAACUUAGGACUCAAUGCCUAUGACAUCUUAAAAGAUCAGGACUUCAAAGAGCCACCGAUGGACGUGGGAAUCGUCACCAAGUUCUUACCAAUCCUAAUGAGCUUUAUGGUCGAUGAUUCAGUCCGCUCGGUCAACGCUCGUCUGCCGCCUGAUGAUCGCGAGUCGGCGCUGACCAUCAUUGAGCACUCUGGUCCACCGCCCGACGCCUUUAGCACUUACAUUGCUGAAGACCGCCUGGCCGCCGUGCUGGCCAUCUACUACACCGCCAAUGUGGCACGACAGAAGGACCGCCAGGCGGUGACUCGCGUUUUUGGCUGUCUCUCGGCGGCUCACGAUGGCCGCACCUUUGAGGACCAGUACCUGCACUACCUCGUCUACGGACUCAUCUGCUUGGGAGAGGAGUUCUCCAAUGAAGAGCUCUGUUCGGUGGUCUUUGAUGAGAUCUUCCUGCCGCCGCUGGCUCACGCUCAUGGCUCGACCAUUAUUCAUCUGAUCAAGCUCAUCUGGCAUGUGCAUCCGCACUUGGAGCCAAGCCGACUGAGCAGUCUGAUGCAGACAAUUGGACAGAUUGCCCAUCACCCAGAGGGAGCGGAGGGAAUCAAAACCAUUUUCCAAGAACUGGAAGAACGUAUCGCCAAGGCAGCUGCCGACAAGGAAAAGGAGGCAGCAGCUGCUGCUGGUGGCGGCGGCACCACAGCCAACUCCACUUCAACCACAUCCACCGCCAGCAGCUCCACUGCUGGAUCAUCGGGCGACGCCANAGCUGCCGACAAGGAAAAGGAGGCAGCAGCUGCUGCUGGUGGCGGCGGCACCACAGCCAACUCCACUUCAACCACAUCCACCGCCAGCAGCUCCACUGCUGGAUCAUCGGGCGACGCCAUGAUGAGUCGGCCAAUGAUGACGCCCGCCUACAUGACGCCCUCCAUGUCCCCCUCGCCGUCGAUGAAAAACACCAGCUUCUGGAUGUACGCCAUGAUCGGCCUGGGCUCUUCAUUCAUGGUCUUUGUCGCACUGACGAUAUACUUGCUCUGUAAACCGGAAAAGGACUCUCGUCGUCCGAACUACAGCACCUACACCACAUCCUGA